UUGAUUGGCAAUAAACAUGAUAAAUCACUCCCAAGCAAAAGCAAGAAAUCUUGUAAUAUACCUGACCCUCUUCCUGCACAAAAUAGGAAAAUACAUGGGUCUGGAACUGCAGAAGUGAGGAUUCUCAGCCUCUCAGAACAUGAUGGAUUAAUUGAACGGAGUGACAGCAUAAAAUCUGACAGCUCCGAAGAGGAUUUCUUUUUUAGACAUAAAGCAAAGAAAAAAGAUGGACAAAGGAAUUUAUUUGAUUUUCAAGAGAAUCCAGAAGAGAGGAUGAGAAUGCUGUCAAAGGAUAACAGAAAAGGAUAUCAUGAUCAAAAUGAUGAUAUUAUUGAUACAAGUAUAUAUUUUAAAAGAAAUAUGUACAGGAAGGUUGGUGAGACUGAGAACAGAGAUCAAGGUCAGGAGAGUAGGGACUUUAAUAUUGACAUCGGAGGAAGAGGAGGAGGCAGACUAUCAUGGAGGAAUAAUAACAGGGGAAAUAAUGAUAGUGAAAGAGGCAGACCAUCAUGGAGGAAUAAUGAUAGUGAAAGAAGUAGACCAUCAUGGAGGAAUCAUAACAUAAGAAACAAAGGGAAUUUUGAAAGAAGUGGAAGAGGGAAAUUUAGCCAUGAUAAUCCCAAUGAGAUUCCUGUGGAAUGGAACUGGGAAGCUAAAAGAAAGCAGAUGGCAGAUGCCAGAGAUUGGACUAAUGAUACUAAUAGGCAAAAGGACAAGGCCGUUAGUUGUCAAAGCUAUGAAGGAACGAAGACAGCUCCGGUAAAAGGUCAGAAGGAUGAAGGUUUACAUCCAUCCUGGCAAGCCAAACGACGGGAAAGAAAGCAGGAAGUUUCAAUCAACCAGUUUCAGGGGCAACGUAUUGUGUUUGAUUGAUGUCGUAUAUGUAAUAUUGUGAUUUUGAUUUAAAAAAAUAAGGAAGUGCGCAAUAGUGUAUUUCUUCUUUUGUCAAGAACACAUCAAAAUUACCGCGUGGGCACCACAUAUUGAUACCCCCGGAGAUAUACGCAUCUUUGCUCACCGGUCAUAACGACAAAAAAUCAUGUCAUGUGUACCUUGUGUCACCACUAUACACAGUAAAUCAAAUAAAUAGCUAAAUUAC